CGCUCCGACACGCCACGACGGCCUCCGAGGGCCGGCAAGAAACUGCUGGCAGCAAGGCGCAGGCGCAACGCAAGCAAUGGCGUCGAGCUCGAGCCUGGGUUUGGCGAUGACCCCCGGCGUCCUCCUCCACCGCCGCGUGGUCACACACGCCUCCUUCAUCCGGGGAAGGGGAAGGAGCGCGAGCGGAAGAAGGAGCAGGAAUCUGGCCCUCUCCGCUUCCUCCAACGGUGCAGCAGUUCCAUCCCUGACAAGUGACUCGGAUAAGAAGGGCCCUGUGAUCAUGGAAAUUCCACUGGACAAGAUCCGAAGGCCACUGAUGCGAACACGUGCCAAUGAUCCAGCCAAGGUGCAAGAGCUCAUGGACAGUAUUCGUGUCAUUGGCCUCCAAGUACCUAUUGAUGUGCUAGAGGUUGAUGGGGUCUACUAUGGCUUCUCUGGAUGCCACCGCUACGAGGCACACCAGCGCCUUGGUCUCCCAACCAUCCGCUGCAAAGUCCGUCGAGGGACGAAAGAAACACUUAGGCACCAUAUGCGAUGACUUGGAUGUUAUUGGUGACUAAAUCAGCUAGAGAGUGAUCUGUGACCUUCCCUGUUCUUUUUCAUCAUCUGUAAUCAUCCAUACUUGUAAAUGUUACCCAAACAGAUUGGUGAAUACUAAGUCUGAACUCAGCAGCAAGAGGAAAUGUUGACUCAUGCCUACACUAUUCUUUUUCGAA